AAACGGCGGUGACCUGCGCUGGCGACACCGCGGGUGGCAGAGCCCGAUGGCAGCUUAACCCUGGGGCUGCCCUUGGCCAGCUGGGUCCUGCUGUUCGAUGACUCCUGGACACAUCUUCCGUUUAAAUAGCAAACAUGCACAGCCUUUUGUGCGCACAUGUAUGUGCACACCUACAGGAGGAAAAAUACCACUUCUCUUCCAGGGGAACUGUACUCUGGCAAGAUGCUCUCUCUCUGGUGUGGCUGGGAGCCAGGGAUUGGCUUACACAAACAGCAGGAAGCUUCUAGUAAAUAGCUCCAGUGUCUUCACUGUCCGGUACUUCAGAACCACUGCAGUACGUAGGGAUGACGUGGUUACAGUGAACACACCAGCCUUUGCAGAGUCAGUCACAGAAGGAGAUGUCAGGUGGGAGAAAGCUGUUGGAGACACAGUGGCGGAAGAUGAAGUGGUGUGUGAGAUUGAAACAGACAAGACAUCAGUGCAAGUUCCAGCCCCAGCAGCUGGUGUGAUUGAAGCCCUUCUGGUACCCGAUGGUGGCAAAGUGGAAGGAGGGACACCUCUGUUCAAACUCAGGAAAACUGGAGCUGCUCCUGCCAAGGCUAAACCAGCAGCAGCCCCUCCUCCUCCUCCUUCAGCCCCUGAACCUGUAGCUGCGGCUGCUCCUCCCCCUCCCCCUCCUGCAGCACCAAUUCCCACAACAAUGCCACCAGUGCCGCCUGUGUCAACUCAGCCCAUUGACAGCAAACCAGUGUCUGCGGUGAAGCCGGCUGCAGCCCCAGCGGCAGCCCCUCUUGGGGAGGCAGUGCCCACCAAAGGUGUCAGAUCAGAGCAUAGGGUGAAAAUGAAUAGGAUGCGCCAGCGUAUUGCUCAGCGGCUGAAAGAGGCUCAGAAUACUUGUGCCAUGCUGACCACUUUCAAUGAGAUCGAUAUGAGCAACAUCCGGGAGAUGAGAGCUGUACACAAGGAUACCUUCCUGAAAAAGCACAACCUGAAGCUAGGUUUCAUGUCAGCUUUUGUGAAAGCUGCAGCUUUUGCUCUGCAGGACCAGCCUGUUGUGAAUGCAGUGAUUGAUGACACGACCAAAGAGAUUGUGUACAGGGACUAUGUGGACAUCAGUGUUGCUGUAGCAACUCCUCGGGGUCUGGUGGUCCCUGUGGUUAGGAAUGUAGAAAACAUGAACUUUGCUGACAUAGAGCGCGCUAUCUACGAGCUGGGGGAGAAGGCACGGAAGAAUGAACUGGCCAUUGAAGACAUGGACGGUGGCACUUUCACAAUCAGCAAUGGAGGGGUUUUUGGGUCACUCUUUGGUACACCUAUCAUUAACCCACCCCAGUCUGCCAUCUUAGGCAUGCAUGCCAUCUUUGACAGGCCUGUGGCUGUGGGAGGCAAGAUCGAGGUGCGGCCUAUGAUGUAUGUGGCGCUGACGUACGAUCACCGGCUGAUCGACGGCAGAGAGGCAGUGACCUUCCUGCGCAAGAUCAAGGCAGCGGUGGAGGAUCCCCGCGUGCUGCUGCUCGACCUGUAGAGCAGUCACACCCCCACACAACCCACCCAGGACAGGCCACAGCACCAGCAGGGACAAUGCAGGGCAUUCAGGAACUGGCAAGGGUCAUUCCAGUCUCUCUCCCUCCGCUGUGAUUAGAGCUGUCCCAGAGGGAAUUACAGGGAUAGCUCCUACCUCCUUUCCUAUUCUGUUUAAUGAAGGUUUAGUAUCUCUCAAGAACUGCCAUGCAGUGGGCCAACCACUGAAUGGCACUGCCUUUCCAGAGAUAUCUGUACAGCAUCCUCUCCCUCACAGCACCAAAAUCUCACCUCUAGCUUGUCCAAUACCACUGGAAACUGCUUGCUGCUACCGUGCUAGGGUACUUUCCCCGCCCCUCCAUGACGGGUUCAGCUUUAUUGCCUAGCACUGAGGUUCCUGGGAGGGAGAGGAAAGGAAAGGCUACUGUCCUGUCCAUUUUUUGCUUGAAAAUAUUUCACACUCACCUCCCUUGCAAGGGCAGUCUGGGGGACCCCCAGGCUCCUUGCAGCAGAGGUUUUGACCAGAGCAGGGCUUGAGGUAGGUGUCAUGCUUCUGGCAGCGCCCUAGUUACACUCCCUCCACAGACAGUAACGUGGUGGCGGCAGCUCCCCUGCUUUCCCUUGGAGAUUGUUUGUCUCUCACCAGCCUGGUCACUGUGGCGUGAAUGUUCGUGUCCAGGUGGGCAGCGCCCGUGACCUCUGUGGAGGUAGCACUGUUCCCGGGGACAACCCUUUCACCAUUACAGGCCUGACAUGGGGGUGAGAAUGAGCCCCCAGCAACUCUCCUUGAAUCACAGCUCACUGGUGGUGGAUCUGACUGCUGGCUUCCUGCGUGCAGGGGCUUGGCCUGCUUCCAGCAGACACAGCUGGGGGGGCCAGGCCUUUCACUGUAAUGUAUAUCCCAGCCCAUGGGUGCUGGUUUUGGGGGGAGGGGUCAGUCCUUAAUCUGAUAGCGCACACAUGUAUUGAGGGGUGAGGGGGUUGCUAGUGCCUGCAGAGUCUAUUACUCUUACCCCCUACACAGAACUUGUAACUAAAAUAUUUAACACAGCGGAUUUUAAAUGAAAUAAAAGUGGGCAAUGACUGCAAGGUGGGGUGUGUUUGAGGGAGCGGCUCCUGGGCAAGGACUCAGUAAUCAGCAGCAUCCCUUGUGUAGUGUAAGAAGCCUGUUACCUGGUGGUGAGAGAAAAAAGGCAAUGGGAGCUGGGCCCACCAGUGGUGGUACUAAAUUGAGGCUUCUCUGCCUGUGAACUCUACUGUCCUUUAACUCCCUGCCAAAGAAUUGGCUCUUCCUGGCAAAGAUGAGGUUUUCAGGGCUGGAAAUCAUCCUUUUCUUGGUCUAGCAACAGAAUUGUUACAUAUGGUGAGGAAUUCCCACUGUUUGAUAAAGGGCAGGAUGGCCAAGAGGGAGACCUGGGACAGGUGUGGAGCCAGGUUGGAUUUUCACUGCUACAACAGGGGAGAGUUGUAAAUCAUGCACAUGGGGAAAAGGCUGUUGGGAGUUGCAGAAGGAGAAAGGAGGCUCAAAGCCUCAAAGGAGCUCAAAGAACUGUAAAGCAGAAGCUGGCUGUGGUGCUGAGUGUUUCCCCAAGGAACUGUCCUUGUUGGAACAAUACAAAAUCAUUCCUGGAUCAUGGUAGGGUUUUCCCAGCUCUGACAUCAACUUCAGAGAAUGGUUUGCCCUUCCCAGCUACGGGUGAAGAGGGCAGCCCCUUCUAACAGAAAACGAUAGCACUCACAGCUGGUAGGCUGACAAAAGGGAGAGCAGUUUGUGCCUGCGUUUUCUUGGCAGCUAGGGAUAAACCAGUGUGUGGAGUCAGCUUUCCUCUCCCUGACCCUGGCUGAGGUAGAAGGUUAGAAGGAGAGGAAAAACCCCUUCCCUGUUCUGGAAGGGCAAAGGGUCUGGUUGUUCUUGCAAAUGAGUGAAAGAGAAGGUUCUGAUUUAAAAAUGCUGCUAGCUCCAAGCCCUCCUUGCUGGUUUAGGAUAUGGAGGGCCUGUGAGCCGAGGGAAGGGCAAUGCCUGUAUUCUGCCUGGAGCUGCAAUAAAUGAGGCCUUUGAACUAA